AUGAGUUCUGGCAGUAACCACAAAGUCACCCGUCUUCCUGCCGACAACCCCCGACUCGACCAGCCCAGCGACGCUGUUCCCAUGGAACACAUGGCUCAAGGAACCACGUCGGUUGAGGAGCCGAACACGGCCGCCCGUGCCUAUGCCUCCCACGAGUCCCAGAUUGUCGCCGUCGAACCGCCGUCGGUAUCAAAGACAACAACGCCCACCGAUCCCGAGCAACGCAGCGCCGUAGAGGCGAACAACGCCGAGGCCGUGUCAAAGGGCAAAGAGAAGGAGGAAGUGGCCCCAGUGCCGCCCAACAAGGAGAGGAGCGACUCCAUCCUGGCCAUUGGGCCUGCGCAGGACGACAUCCAUACAGCCCCUGGCCAGUCCGACAGCACUGUCUGCAACAUCACUCUCCUGCUAACGUCAGGAAGUCGCCAUCCGUACAAGAUUGACGCCAAGUAUCUCACGAGGAGAAACGUGACCAUGCCCGAUGAGACAGAAUCUGGGCAGCCGGACCCGUUCAGCAUCAGCAUCUACACAUUGAAGGAGCUCAUCCUGCGGGAGUGGAGAGGCGAUUGGGAGGCAAAGCCUGCCAGUCCCAGUAGCAUAAGACUGAUUCACUUCGGAAAGCUACUAGACGAUAAAGAACAGCUGAAGAAGUACCAAUUCAGCACGGAAAGCCCCAAUGUGGUGCAUAUGAGCAUUCGUCCUCAGGACCUGGACGAGGAGGAGCCCAAGUCGGGAAGCAAGAACCUUCCAGGCGGCAGCGGAGACGGACAGCGAUCCAGAUCGGGCGGAAUGUGCUGCGUCAUCUUAUGA